GAACAAGUUGACAUCUUCAGACUUUACCACCUACUUACAUUAUAAGUGAAGGGGGGAAAAUCAUACAAUAAGGAAAGUGUGUUUCAAAUAUGUCUGGAUCAUUCUGGAAAUUCACCAAUGGAUUCACUUCCCUUUCCAACAUCUCCACCUUACUUGAAAACCAUGCCACAAGUCAGGAUGAAAAACCCAAUGUUUCAGAAUCGUACACUGUAUUACUAAAGCUACUUGAUGAAAACGACUUGUUGCAGGAAUUGUUGAGCAACAACCCCAUGUUGUUGGAAUUCUUGCGUAACGACGUGAUUGUCGGUAUGUUGGUUGAUUUAGUCAUCAACGAAGGUGUGAUAGAUGCACCUGAAGACACCGACCUAAUACUGAAAGAGACAGCAGAUACAACAACCUCAGAGGCAAGCACCGGCAAAGAGGAGUCAGAAAAGGAGUCAGAAAAGGAAUCAGACAAGGAAUCAGAAAAGUCGGAUGAGGCAGAGACAGAAACAGACGCAGAAACAGACAAAGAAUCCGAGUCUGAAAAGUCAGAAGAGUCCGACUCAGAAUCGGAAUCUGAAGACUUGAAUGAAGAAACUCCCGAAGAUCGUGCCAACCGUCGGGCCACAAUUGCAUCAGAAAUCCUCUCGGCCGAUGUCUGGUCAUUAACCGACACCGUCAUGGAAUCAACAGCCAACUUGAACAGCCUUUGGUCAAUUCUCGACACCAAAGAGCCAUUGUCCAUAAACGUUUCCACCUAUUUCAUGAAGAUUAUGGAACACUUGCUUGACAUGAAAUGUGACGAUAUGAUUCUGUACCUUAUUGAAAACCAACCCAAUUUAGUGGAAAAGUUUAUCAACCAUUUGUCCAACCCACCAUUAAUGGACUUUCUCCUCAAAUUAAUCUCCACUGAUAAACCCGACAACGCCACUGGGAUAAUAGAAUACUUGCAAUCGCAAAACUUAAUCACUCAUUUAAUAAACUCCCUCGAUAUAGAUCCAAAUAUAGACCCAGAACAAGUCAUAAUCAACCAAUCAUCCGCAGGUGACUUUUUGAAGGCAUUGAUCACCAUUUCUGCCAAUUCAACCACGGAUAACUCCACCAUUGGACCCAAUGAAUUGACAAGAGAAUUGGUCAGCCCCGAGCAAAUGCAAAGGCUUUGUGAUAUUAUGUUGAAGGGUGGCUACGCUUUAGCCAAUGGUGUUGGUAUAAUCAUUGAAAUUAUCCGAAAAAACAACUCCGACUAUGACAUCUUGCCCAUUCUUUACAUUAGCUUGGAAAGUCAUCCUCCAACAGGCAGAGAUCCAAUCUAUCUCGGCCACUUGUUGCGAGUUUUUGGCGAACAGAUCCCCCAAUUCAACAAGUUGCUAAUUAAGGACUACUCUAACUUGAAGUUGAAAACUCCCUUUGGUGAAAUUGAACCAUUAGGUUUUGAACGUUUCAAAAUCUGUGAAUUGAUUGCCGAAUUACUACACUGUUCCAACAUGGCAUUAUUGAAUGACAAUCGCGGAUUCGACAUUGUUUCCCGUCGUGAUGCUGUGCGAAAUAAAAUGAAGGAAUACGACCCAAUAAGCUUCAAAUAUAAUGAAAUCAUCGUAUUGCCUGACAUGGACCCCGAACCAGAAGCACCAGUUGAGGAAGAUGAAGAAGCCCCUCAUGCCAACGCUAACCUUUCUGAAGCCGAACUUCGGGCCGACCCCGUCGUCGGAGAUCUCGUCAAGAUCUCCGUGUUUGACACCCAGAUCAUCUCCAACAUUCUUUCCAUGUUCUUUAGAUUCCCCUGGAACAACUUCCUCCACAAUGUUGUAUUUGAUAUUGUGCAACAAGUUCUCAAUGGAUCCAUGGAUAUUGGAUUCAACAAGUUCUUGGCCAUUGAUCUUUUCGUUAAUGGUGACAUUAUAAAUAAAAUCACCGAGGGACAAAAGCUUUGCCAAGACUAUGAAUUGACUCAUAAUGGAUUACGUCUUGGGUUUAUGGGCCAUUUAACCUUGAUUGCUGAAGAAGUAGUCAAGUUCAUCCAGUUAUACCCUGGUGACUCGUUGAGUGUAUUGAUUAACGAAAAGAUUGAUAACGAAGUCUGGGAACUGUAUGUCAACAAUGUGUUGUAUGACACCCGAGAAAAAUACAAUGCCAUUUUGGGAGGUGGCGAUGAAGAAAGUGAACCGGAAGACGAGCCUGAAGGCGACACAUCCAUCGAUGAGGGGUUGAAUGAGAUUAUUGAGGAAGUGAAAACCGGGCUUGGUUUCGACGGGGAACCACAACUUAAGAAGAAACAUUUGCUUGAAACUGAGGAGUCGGAAUCAGACGACGAUGAUCAUUUUUCAAAUUAUAUGUCACAACAAUUGACAUCUCCCGCUGCCCAACCCGAUGAAUUCACUUCCAGCGAAGAAGAAGAGGAAAUAGUCCCCGAUGACGACGAUGACGAUUACAUUGAUCCAAACGACGACGGGCUUUCAUACAAGAAACCCAACCCCUUGUACGAUGCCUCGGGUUCACUCAAGUCCGGCCCAGUGACACUUCGUGAACAAGUUGGAUUUAAUGACGAAGACGAAGAUGAGUUUAGUUCAAGUUCAAGUUCAAGUUCCGACGAAGAAGAAGAAGAGGAACAAGAAACACAAUUAACCAGAGCCGCCAGCCAAGGUUAAACGUUUAUAAAAAUGAUUCAUGACUAUAUAUUCAUAUAUAUAUAUAUAUAUACAAGCAUAGAUUUACUGCUGUAUAGGCUUAUGCCACCUCGCUCACCCGUCUUACAUUUCUUCCUUCUCUUUCCAAAGGUGGUAAGUCAGCGAUGGAAGAAUUAACUUCAGAAUUAACUUCAGAAUGACUCAGUUCUUCCUCACUCAUCGUAGGUACUCCACCAAUCAACCCCUUAGACAUGGCCAAGCCGGAGUUUCUCUCAUGGACAUCAUCGUAAAAUUCAUCCAUUAUAGGAUGAACCAAUACGGUAUUGUUAUUAGUUAUAGUAACCACAGUAUUAGUGGGCACACACAUCCAAUCGCCACGUUCAAAAGUUAAUGGUUCACUAGCGACAAAUAUAACAUCCUGGGACCGAUUCAACCUUUCCAUUUUGAAUAAUCCCGGUUGGUAUUCAAAGAAUUUCAGCCCCGUACUGAAAUGAAGUGAUGCUGCUUCAUCAGACUUCAGCGUAAUGUACCGAGAAAUCACAACUGAUUCACCGUCGGUGGCGGCAAAAUUGAGUAAUGACGGAUCGGAAGUCACUUCACAUUGCCAGGUUUUAAUGAGUUCUAUAGUUGUCAACAAUGCCUGUCUUAGUAUAACAUGACUGAAUGUGGUGGUUAUAUCUUCAGGAUCAUAGCCCAUUUUGUAUAAAGUGUCGACAAACAAGGCAAAACAACAUUCAGAAUCAGUUCCCCCUUGAAUCAACAAAAAGAACCGAUCUUCAAUAUGAUUAACCAACUUCUUCUUUAUCUUGGAAAAUUCGCUGACCCCGCCAUUAUGCAUAAACAUAAUCUUGCCCACCAGGAACGGAUGACAGUUUGUUUCACUAAGCACUCCUUGCGUGCUGGCACGCACAUGAGCAAACACUAAAUGGGAAGAGGUGCAUCUGGCCAAAUUGUUCAAAUUAACAUUGUUCCACGCUGGUGUGAUGGCUUUGAAUAUACAUGGCUCGUUGUUGUUGGUGUAGUAUCCCACGCCGAAUCCAUCGCCAUUAAUGGGGUUUCUCAUAUCUAAUCGAAGUCGAGAGUCAAAAGAUUGGUUGAUUAUGGAAUGGGCUGGUUUUGUGAGCAAAUCAGAAAGGACCAUUGAGUCUCUUCCUUUAUAUAUCAUGAAUCGACACAUGGUGAUGCUAUUAGUGAUGGUGGGUAUAGAGUAAAAGGUGGAUCUUGUUGUAAAUAUGGUAUUGUGGUUGAUGAAACAGAAAUGUUC